CGUGAGCUGUCAGUUCGGGCGGACGGGCAAUGGCCGCCGGGCGUGUGAAGGGCGCCGCGCUCCCGCCGUCUCCCGUCUGCUGACCGCGCCGCGGGCUGCCUUCCCGGGCUGCCCCCCGGAGCCGCUGGGCCGGCGGCCAUUCGGUACUGGGAUAGACACCACACUUCCUGCCAACAUGUCGGUUCUGAUAUCGCAGAGUGUGAUCAAUUACGUGGAGGAGGAAAACAUCCCCGCCUUGAAAGCUCUUCUGGAGAAAUGCAAAGACGUGGACGAGAGAAACGAGUGCGGCCAGACCCCGCUGAUGAUCGCUGCCGAGCAGGGCAACCUGGAGAUCGUGAAGGAGCUGAUCAAGAAUGGAGCCAACUGCAACCUGGAAGACCUGGACAACUGGACGGCGCUCAUAUCGGCCGCCAAGGAAGGGCACCUGCACGUCGUGGACGAGCUGCUGAAGUGCGGGGCGAACCUGGAGCACCGCGACAUGGGCGGAUGGACGGCGCUGAUGUGGGCCUGUUACAAGGGCCGGACUGACGUGGUGGAGCUGCUGCUCUCGCACGGAGCCAACCCGAACGUCACCGGCCUGUACAGCGUCUACCCCAUCAUCUGGGCAGCGGGCAGAGGCCACGCGGACAUAGUGCAGCUGCUGCUGCAGAACGGCGCCAAGGUCAACUGCUCCGACAAGUACGGAACCACCCCUUUGGUCUGGGCCGCGCGCAAGGGCCACCUGGACUGCGUGAAGCACCUGCUGGCCAUGGGAGCCGACGUGGACCAGGAAGGCGCGAACUCCAUGACCGCCCUCAUCGUGGCUGUGAAAGGCGGCUACACCCAGUCCGUGAAGGAGAUCUUGAAGAGGAACCCCAACGUGAACCUGACGGACAAGGACGGGAACACCGCGCUGAUGAUCGCGUCCAAGGAGGGCCACACGGACAUCGUGCAGGACCUGCUGGACGCCGGCACCUACGUGAACAUCCCCGACAGGAGCGGGGACACCGUGCUGAUCGGCGCCGUCAGAGGCGGCCACGUGGAGAUCGUCCGCGCGCUGCUCCAGAAGUACGCCGACAUCGACAUCCGGGGGCAGGACAAUAAAACUGCUCUGUACUGGGCUGUGGAGAAAGGAAACGCGACCAUGGUGAGAGACAUCCUGCAGUGCAAUCCCGACACGGAAAUAUGCACCAAGGACGGCGAGACGCCGCUGAUAAAGGCCACCAAGAUGCGGAACAUCGAGGUGGUGGAGCUGCUGCUGGACAAGGGGGCCAAGGUGUCUGCCGUGGACAGGAAAGGAGACACUCCCCUGCACAUCGCCAUCCGCGGGAGGAGCCGGAAGCUGGCGGAGAUGCUCCUGAGGAACCCCAAGGACGGCCGGCUGCUCUACCGGCCCAACAAGGCGGGCGAGACGCCCUACAACAUCGACUGCAGCCACCAGAAGAGCAUCCUGACACAGAUCUUCGGGGCCAGACACCUGUCGCCCACGGAGACGGACGGCGACAUGCUGGGCUACGACCUGUACAGCAGUGCGCUGGCGGACAUCCUCAGCGAGCCGACCAUGCAGCCGCCCAUCUGCGUGGGGCUGUACGCGCAGUGGGGCAGCGGCAAGUCCUUCCUGCUCAGGAAGCUGGAGGAUGAGAUGAAGACGUUCGCGGGGCAGCAGAUCGAGCCGCUCUUCCAGUUCUCGUGGCUGGUGGUGUUCCUGACGCUGCUGCUGUGCGGGGGCCUGGGCCUGCUGUUCGCCUUCACCGUGGACCUGACCCUCGGCGUGGCCGUGGCGCUGAGCGGCCUGGCCCUGCUGUACAUCUUCUUCACCGUCAUUUACUUCGGCGGCCGGAGGGAAGGCGAGAGCUGGAACUGGGCCUGGGCGCUCAGCACCAGGCUGGCCCGGCACAUCGGCUACCUGGAGCUGCUCCUCAAGCUGAUGUUCGUGAACCCGCCCGAGCUGCCGGAGCAGACCACCAAGGCCCUGCCCGUGCGGUUCCUGUUCACGGACUACAACCGCCUGUCCAGCGUCGGCGGGGAGACGUCCAUGGCGGAGAUGAUCGCCACCCUCUCGGACGCGUGCGAGAGGGAGUUUGGCUUCUUGGCGACCAGGCUUUUCCGAGUGUUCAAGACGGAGGACUCGCAGGGUAAGAGGAAGUGGAAGAAGACGUGCUGCCUCCCGUCCUUCGUCAUCUUCCUGUUCGUGCUGGGCUGCGUGGUGGCGGGCGUCACGCUCCUGGCCAUCUUCCGAGUGGACGCGAAGCACCUGACGGUGAACGCCGUCCUCAUCGCCAUCGCCGCCGUCGUGGGGCUGGCCCUGCUGCUCAACUGCCGCACCUGGUGGCAGGUGCUGGACUCGCUGCUCAACUCGCAGCGGAAGCGGCUGCACAGUGCGGCCUCGCGGCUGCACAAGCUGAAGAGCGAGGGCUUCAUGAAGGUUCUCAAGUGCGAGGUGGAGCUGAUGGCCAGGAUGGCCAAGACCAUCGACAGCUUCACGCAGAACCAGACCCGGCUGGUGGUCAUCAUCGACGGGCUGGACGCCUGCGAGCAGGACAAAGUGCUGCAGAUGCUGGACACGGUCCGGGUGCUGUUCUCCAAAGGGCCCUUCAUCGCCAUCUUUGCGAGCGACCCGCACAUCAUCAUCAAGGCCAUCAACCAGAACCUCAACAGCGUGCUGCGCGACUCCAACAUCAACGGCCAUGACUACAUGCGCAACAUCGUGCACCUGCCCGUGUUCCUCAACAGCCGGGGCCUGAGCGGCGCCAAGAAGUACCUGGUCACCGCCACCAACGGGGACAUCCCCUGCCCCGACAGCACAGGGACACAGGAGGACGCUGACAGAAGAGUCUCCCAGAUCAGCCUCGGAGACAUGGCCAAGCUUGGCAGCAAGACAGCCCUCAACAGACGGGACACGUACCGCCGGCGGCAGAUGCAGCGCACCGUCACCCGGCAGAUGUCCUUCGACCUGACGAAGCUGCUGGUGACGGAGGACUGGUUCAGUGACAUCAGCCCUCAGACCAUGCGGAGGCUCCUCAACAUCGUCUCCGUGACAGGGCGGCUGCUGAGAGCCAAUCAGAUUAGCUUUAACUGGGACCGCCUGGCCAGCUGGAUCAACCUCACUGAGCAGUGGCCGUACCGCACGUCCUGGCUCAUCCUGUACUUGGAGGAGACGGAGGGCAUUCCGGACCAGAUGACCCUGAAGACCAUCUACGAGAGAAUCUCAAAGAACAUCCCGACGACCAAGGACGUGGAGCCGCUGCUGGAGAUCGACGGGGACGUCAGGAACUUCGAGGUGUUCCUGGCCUCGCGGACGCCCGUGCUGGUGGCGCGCGACGUGAAGACCUUUCUGCCCUGCACCGUGAACCUGGACCCCAAGCUGCGGGAGAUCAUUGCCGAUGUCCGCGCUGCCCGGGAGCAGAUCAACAUCGGCGGCCUGGCCUACCCCCCGCUGCCCUUGCACGAAGCCGCCCCCCGGCCCGCGUCCGGCUACAGCCAGCCCCCGUCCGUCUGCUCCUCGACCACCUCCUUCAACGGCCCCUUCGCCGGGGGCGUGGUGUCCCCCCAGCCGCACAGCAGCUACUACAGCGGGAUGACGGGGCCCCAGCACCCCUUCUACAACCGGCCAUUCUUUGCCCCCUACUUUUACUCGCCACGGUAUUACCCUGGCGGUUCCCAACAUCUCAUCUCACGUCCAACAGUAAAAUCGAGUUUGUCCAGAGAUCAAACCAAUGGCCUAGAGGUCAUCAAGGAGGACGCAGCUGAGGGGCUCCCCUCGCCCACCAGCCCCUCGAGGGCGCGGCCGUGGACGGGACAGCCGCCGACGCCGUGGGGCGCGGGCCCGGCCCCCGGCGUGGGGGCGCUGAGCGCCAUGACCGUGGAUGCCGUGUGCGAGCGGCUGAAGCAGAUCGAGGGGCUGGAGCCGAGCAUGCUGCCGCAGUACUGCGCCACCAUCCGCAAGGCCAACGUCAACGGCCGUGUGCUGGCGCAGUGCGACCUCGAGGAGCUGAAGAAGGAGAUGAGCAUGAACUUCGGGGACUGGCACCUGUUCCGGAGUGCGGUGCUGGAGCUGCGGAGCGCGGAGCACCAGGCGGCCGCGGAGGACCUGCGGCUGCUCAACGAGAACAACAGCGGCCCCGCGGCCCCGGGGGAGCCGGCCCGCAGGGCCCCCCACGAGCUGCCGCACACCGAGCUCCCGGGCCAGGCCCCCUACACCCUCAACUUCAGCUUCGAGGAGCUCAACACGCUGGGCCUGGAGGAGGGCGCCCCGCGGCACAGCAACCUCAGCUGGCAGUCGCAGCCGCGCAGAACGCCCAGCCUGUCGAGCCUCAACUCGCAGGACUCCAGCAUCGAGAUCUCCAAGCUGACGGACAAGGUGCAGGCGGAGUACCGGGACGCCUACAGGGAGUACAUCGCGCAGAUGUCGCAGCUAGAAGGGGGGCCGGGCUCCACGGCCGUCAGCGGCAGGUCCUCCCCGCACAGCACGUGCUACCUGGGCCCCAGCGCCUCGGGGGGCUCCCUGCACGCGGCCCUGGAGCCGGACAAGGCCAAGGACGGCGAGCCGAGGCCGGAGGACGGGCGGAAGCCGUUCCUGCUGAAGCGGGCCGACGUCCUGGACUACUCCUCGUCCGGGAUCUCCACCAGCGACGCCUCCCCGCUGGACCCCAUCACCGAGGAGGACGAGCGGUCCGACCAGGCCGCCAGCAAGCUGCUCCCGGGCCGCAAGUCCUCCGAGCGGCCCAGCCUCUUCCAGACGGACCUGAAGCUCAAGGGCGGCGGCCUGCGCUACCAGAAGCUCCCCAGCGACGAGGACGAGUCCGGCCCCGAGGAGUCCGACCACACGCCCCUGCUGCGCGAGGACAAGGACCGGAAGGCCGAGGGCCGGGCGGAGCGGGCGGCCCGGUCGCCCGAGCGCGGCGCCGAGCCCCUGCGCUCCUUCAUCAAGGCCAAGGAGUACCUGUCGGACGCGCUGCUGGACAAGAAGGACUCGUCCGACUCGGGCGUGCGCUCCAGCGAGAGCUCCCCCAGCCACUCGCUGCUCAACGAGGCGGGCGACGCGCGGCUGGACAAGGCCGACCUCAUCGAGCUGGGGGAGGACGGCCCCCGCGGGCCGCCGCGCAGCCUGAGCGGCCUGCCCGAGCCCGGCCUGGCCCGCAUGUCCAUCUGCUCCGAGGACAAGCCGAGCCCGUCCGAGUGCAGCCUGGUGGCCAGCAGCCCCGAGGAGGCCUGGCCCGCCGGCCCCAAGGCCUUCAACCUCAACCGCACGCCCAGCACCGUGACCCUCAACAACAACAGCGCCCCGGCCGGCAGGCCCACCCAGGGCCUCGACGAGAGGGAGGGGCCCCGGGACACGGGCCCCGUCCCGCUGCGGCCCAGCCCCAGCGCCACCGCCCUGCACAACGAGAACCUGCGGGGCCCGGCGCCCAAGCGGGGCCCCCGGGCCAGCUACGCCCGGCUCUCCAAGGAGGCCUCCGAGCUGCUGGCCGCGGCCGCCGACAGCGCCGGCUUCGGGGAGGAGCGGGAGAGCAUCCUGUAGGGAGCCCGCGGGCGGCACCCGAGGCCGGGGCAGCGGACCGGGCUGUAGGGCGAGGGCACCCUUUCAUUCCCGUGUGUCUGUUGUGUGUGUACAGUGAGCGCAAGGCCGUGGGCAGAGG